AUGGAGGAUGGACAUGAGAAGGGAAGUGUCAGGGCAACCACACCUGACCAUACAACCCCAGAACCACCUUCCCUGACCUCCCCCCACUUCCCUGAUCCUCCCAUCUUCACACACCUUUUGCAACUACAGCCCGCACGCGAACCCGCAGGAAAAAUCACGCUGUGGGACCCUCACACUGGGAGCCACCUCAAGACACUUGAUGUCUAUUCUCAUUGGGUGAGAUCUGUGGCCUUCUCUCUAGAUGGAUUGCUCCUGGCAUCAGCAUCAGAUGAUCAUACCAUUGGGCUGUGGGACCCUCACACUGGGAGCCACCUCAAGACACUUGAGGGCCAUUCUGAUUUGGUGAGAUCUGUGGCCUUCUCUCCAGAUGGAUUGCUCCUGGCAUCAGCAUCAGAUGAUCGUACCAUCAGGCUGUGGGACCCUCACAAUGGGAGCCACCCCAAGACACUUGAGGGCCAUUCUGAUUUGGUGAGAUCUGUGGCCUUCUCUCCAGAUGGAUUGCUCCUGGCAUCAGCAUCAGAUGAUCGUACCAUCAGGCUGUGGGACCCUCACACUGGGAGCCACCUCAAGACACUUGAGGGCCAUUCUCAUGGGGCGAGAUCUGUGGCCUUCUCUCCAGAUGGAUUGCUCCUGGCAUCAGCAUCAGAUGAUUGUACCAUCAGGCUGUGGGACCCUCAUACUGGGAGCCACCUCAAGACACUUGAGGGCCAUUCUGAUUGGGUGAGAUCUGUGGCCUUCGCUUCAGAUGGAUUGCUCCUGGCAUCAACAUCAGAUGAUCAUACCAUUAGGCUGUGGGACCUUCACACUGGGAGCCACCUCAUGACACUUGAGGGCCAUUCUCAUUGGGUAACAUCUGUGGCCUUCUCCCCAGAUGGAUCACUCCUGGCAUCAGCGUCACGUGAUCAUACCAUCAGGCUGUGGGACCCUCACACUGGGAACCACCUCAAGACACUUGAGGGCCAUUCACAUUUGGUGACCCCUCAGGCUUUUGGCAUACUUAACAACAUGGAAGGGCGAUGGGUUUGCAUUGGCACUGCUUAUAUUUUUGCUAUACCCCUUUCCCUAACCACUUUGGUUUCCCAUGGACCUUUUGCAGCCUGUGGAACUGAAUCUGGAAAAGUCUUCAUUCUCAAUAUUUCAUGUGCCCUUGAUAAGUCUGGCAGUAUAUAG